AUGUCACCUAAAGAAAGUUGGGAAAAAUAUGAAAAACCGAUUGAGGACAAAGAAGAAGAAAAAAUUGUUGCCCUUGACGAAGGUGAUAUUGCACUAUUAAAGACAUAUGGUCAAGGACCAUAUGCAAAUGAUUUGAAGAAAAUUGAUAGCGAUAUUAAAGAUAUACAAAAAAGGAUAAAUGAAAAAAUAGGCAAGUUUAACAAAAAGGAAUGUAUCAAAGAAUCAGAUACUGGUCUUGCACCCCCAAAUCUUUGGGAUAUUCCGGCAGAUAAACAAAGAAUGCAAGAAGAACAACCUUUACAGGUUGCCCGUUGUACUAAAAUAAUUCAAGCCGGUGAAGGCGAAGAAUCAAAAUAUGUUAUAAAUGUAAAACAAAUUGCCAAAUUUGUGGUCGCUUUAGGUGAACGUGUUUCACCGACUGACAUUGAAGAAGGAAUGCGGGUUGGAGUCGACCGUAAUAAAUAUCAAAUUCAAAUUCCAUUACCACCUAAAAUUGAUCCUUCAGUAACAAUGAUGCAAGUAGAGGAAAAACCGGAUGUCACUUAUAGUGAUGUUGGUGGAUGUAAAGAACAAAUUGAAAAGCUCCGAGAAGUGGUCGAAUUACCAUUGCUUCAACCCGAAAGAUUUGUCAAUCUCGGUAUCGAUCCUCCUAAGGGGGUUUUAUUAUAUGGACCUCCAGGAACUGGAAAAACGCUUUGUGCACGUGCAGUUGCAAAUCGUACCGAUGCGACAUUCAUUCGUGUUAUUGGAUCAGAACUUGUGCAAAAAUAUGUAGGUGAAGGUGCACGUAUGGUCCGUGAAUUAUUUGAAAUGGCACGUGCACGUUAUGACGAUGGUGCCGGAGGUGAUAACGAAGUACAAAGAACCAUGUUAGAAUUAAUUAAUCAAUUAGAUGGUUUUGAUCCACGAGGAAAUAUUAAAGUUUUAAUGGCUACUAAUCGUCCUGAUACUUUGGAUCCAGCACUUUUGCGUCCGGGACGAUUAGACCGUAAAGUCGAGUUUUCUCUUCCAGAACUAGAGGGUCGUACACAUAUAUUAAAAAUUCAUGCAAAAAGUAUGUCAGUUGAACGUGAUAUUCGGUAUGAAUUAAUUGCUCGACUUUGUCCAAAUAGUACUGGUGCUGAAUUGCGAAGUGUAUGUACUGAAGCCGGAAUGUUUGCGAUUCGAUCAAGGAGAAAGGUUGCGACUGAGAAAGAUUUCCUAGAAGCUGUAAAUAAAGUCAUCAAAAAAUCGAAGCUUAAAGUUGGAAAAAAGAAACAAAAACCUACAAAUUUCACAGAUACUUCAUUUAAGUCAAAAUAUAAAUCUAAUGAAAUAACAAAUUCUCGAAAUUUAACAUUAAAUGAUCUUAUAAUUCAAUUAAAGCAUUAUAAUUCAGGAGUUAGAAAAGAUGCUAUUCAGGGUCUCAAGGACUUUCUCUACAAACAUCCGCACAUAUUGACCGAAUCUUUAUCUGUAAUAAUAAAUUCACUUGCACGAUUACUCAUUGAUGAUGAAAAAAUUGUUAGGAAAACUUUGUUAUCAUUCUUCAAGGAAUUUAUGCCAAAUGUACAAAAAUCAGAUCUGAAACCUUUUAUUCCUCUCCUUAUUAUAUUUACUUGUUCUGCUAUGACACAUAUAUAUGAAGAUAUAAGGAUAGAUGCAAUAAAAUUUAUGGAAAUAUGGACAACAGUAGCACCUGAUGUGGUGGUGAAUGGAUUUUGGCAAAAAGUCAUACAAAAUUAUAUCACGUUAUUAAAUUCUAAAUCAAAUUCAUCCUCCAGCACAAAUUUUGUCUCUGGUUUAAUAGAGCAAUCUACCAUCAAUGCACAAUUUCAAUUUUGGUCUCACGAUACAAGAACUCAAAUAUUGUCUAGUUUUUAUAAACUUCUAAAAAUUGGAUUAACAAUUGAUCAUUCAACUACGAAACCCAUUCACGAUUUGAGACAAACUACUUUGGUUAAUUGGACAGAUCUUCAUGGAGAAGUAGAAAUUUCCCCUCUACAUCCGUUAACAUCCUCUCUUCUACCAUUCUUAUCAAUAUCGUACACGGAAUACAAUUCCACUCAAUUAAAAUUAUUUAAUUCGACAUCAACAGAAAUUAAUCAAGACAAUAUUUAUUUGGGAAAAGAUAAUAAAAUCUUUGAUCAUGAUUCUACGACUUUACACGGUCGUAUCGCUAGUGCAAAGGAUAUAUUGAACAUUUUACAUCCUGUACUUAUUUCCCUAUGGUUAGAUACAGUACCAUCGGUUUUUAGUACAAUUGAUUCUUUGACUUAUAAAAUGCUUCCAACGUUACAAAUUAUUCAUUUGAUAUUGAAAAUAAUGAAUUUGUUGUGGCGUUCUUAUCUAUCUAAUGUUAUUAAAAAUCAGAAUAAUAGUGAGGAUAGACAAAUGAUUGAAGUGAAUUUAAAACAGUUGAUUAAAUAUAUUGUCGUUUAUUUUCCGUUUGGCUCUAAAUCGGAGAGUACGCUGGAUUCAAAAAUUGAACCUAUUCUAAAAGGAACGAAUAUAAUAUUUUGUGAAAUUGUGACUUUGUAUAUGUUUUAUACAACAUUGUCGUUUUCUAGCAAAGUAAAUUUCAAGUUAAAUAAUGAUAGUAAUGAUGAUUUAAUCGAACAAAAAUCUACUCAAACGCAUAAUGAUAAAAAACGGAAGCAAGAUAAUAAACAAGAUAAGGAUUCCGAAUCAAAUGAUAUAUGGAUUGACCAAAUUUUUAAUUAUGUUAUCUCUUUUUUGGGAUUUGAGCGAAAUUACAAAGGAAAUAAAAAAGGAAAUUAUAAUACCAAAACACUCAAACCCGAUACAAAACCCGAAAAUUUAAGAGCAAUUUUAUUUACUAUACGGAUCUUACUCAAGUGUUUGGGUCAGGAAGAACGAGAAAUUCUUUUUGAAGCAAUUUUAGAUUAUUCCAAAAAAUGUCAUGUUCAUUCAACCACAAAAAGGAUAUGCAUAAAUUUUAUAUCAGAAAUAUUAAUAUCAAAUAAUUAUAAUUUUACAUACUAUAAUGGUUCUUUAAAUAAUAUGCAAGUUGACUCUUCGUUGGACACAUCAUUGCAAAUUUGGGCUUUGGGUUUACCAAAUUUAUUAAAGGAAUUGAAAAUUAAUAGCCUUGAAACUACCAAGUUAUUAUCCAGAAAUAAAAUUAUUAAUUUAAAAAUAUUUAUAGAACCUUUAUUUGGAUCAUUUAUUUCAUUACCACAAGAUCUUCAACUUCAAGCUAUAGAAUUUUUAUAUCAUUGUCCCAGAAUUACCGAUAAAAUGAAAUUUGCAUUAAAUAAAGUUUUCGAUGAUAAAACUCCAUUGAUUAUUAAGAAUUAUGUAGAAAUAUUAUCGGAAAAAUUUUUAUUGAAUUAA